AUGAGUGACGAUGAGGAGCCAGUAUCGGGUAACAAGCCUUUGCGCUUGCCAAAGAAAGCUGCGAAAGUCAAGAAUAAGGCUCCAGCGCAGCUCCAAAUCACAGCUGAGCAGCUUCUUCGUGAGGCUAAAGAGCGUGAAUUGGAGUUAAUUCCUUUGCCUCCUAAGACAAAGAUCACUGAUCCUGACGAGCUAGCAGAAUUUCAAAGAAAGAAGAGGAAGGAGUUUGAAGAUGGAAUCCGUAAAAAUAGAAUGCAAAUUGCAAACUGGAUCAAAUAUGGAAAAUGGGAAGAGUCAAUUGGUGAAAUACAACGUUCACGAUCAGUAUUCGAACGUGCUCUCGACGUUGACCAUCGUUCGAUCACCAUUUGGUUGCAGUAUGCUGAAAUGGAGAUGAGGUUUGCGUUUAUUUCGGCUUUC